AAAUCCCCCCGGUACAGACCUCCAGAAACUCAGUCACCGUGAUCAGGGGAAGACCUCUGAGCUGCUGGACGAGAAGAUUCCUACUGAAGAUGGGCUGUGACGAGAAGCGAGAGCCCGUUGGCGGCAGACUGCGGGUCCAGGACAUUCCGGCCCUCAACCAGGACCACUGCCGCAUGCGGGAUCCCGCCAAGGUGGAGCGCAUCAUCAACGAGUUCGUCUUCGGCGGACCGGAGCGCAUGCAGAUAGUCUCGGACUUUGACUACACUAUCACCAAGCAGCGCACCGAGGACGGCGGGGCGGUGCCCUCCAGUUUCGGGAUCUUCAAUGCCUGCCAGUCGCUGCCGGAGAACUUCAAGGCGGAGACGGACAAGCUGUACCACAAGUACCGGCCCAUCGAGAUUGAUCCGCACAUGCCCAUUGCCGAAAAGGUGCAGUACAUGAUCGAGUGGUGGACCAAGUCGGGCGAGCUGACCAGCGGCUUCCCCUUCGACCAGUCGGAAAUAGAUCAGAUAGCCAGCAAGUAUAAGCAUGCGCUACGUGACCGCACCCACGAGUUCUUCGCGGACCUGCAGCGCCUGGGCAUUCCCACGCUGGUCUUCUCCGCCGGCCUGGGCAACUCGGUGGUCUCGGUGCUCCGCCAGGCCAACGUCAUGCAUCCGAAUGUCAAGGUGGUGUCCAAUUUUCUACAGUUCAGGGAUGGCCUGCUGGAUGGCUUCCAGCAGCCGAUGAUUCACACCUUUAACAAGAACGAAACCGUGCUGGAUGGCAGCGAUUACUACGAUCUGGUGCACACCAGGGACCACAUCAUCGUCAUGGGCGACUCCAUUGGGGAUGCGGACAUGGCCUCCGGGGUGCCAGCCUCCUCGCACAUCAUGAAGAUCGGCUUUCUGUUCGAUCACGUCGAGGCCAACAUGGAGAAGUAUAUGAACACCUUCGACAUCGUCCUCGUGGAUGACCAGACCAUGGAUGUGCCCAGGACUCUGCUUGCCCUCAUCGAGAAGCAGCACCAGCUGAACCUGCAGGCUGCCCAGCAGAGCUCGCUUUAGUUAUCCCAGGCUUAUAUUCUCUGAAAUGUACUCGUGGCCGCUCCUGCUCUCUCAUUAGCAGGCUAGUUGCUAACUGGAAAACAACAGAAGCUACUAAUUAGGUGGUUUAGGUUUAAACAUUUUACUCAUCUUUACGAACGAAUGUGUAUUUCAUGAACUCAAAUCAUAUUAAAGACAACGUUGUGCUUUGCAUACGAAAA